UGUAUCCAUACCUACGCCUCCGAAUACUCUAGUAAACAGCGAUGUGGUCCUUAUUAUACACUUAUAUUACUAGAAGAUUGGAUGUAUGGUGCAAAUUUGUUUUGUUUCUGAACAGGACAGACAGAUAAUACCAUCUCGGGACUGCUGGCAUCAAUCAGAAACGUGGGGAGGAAUCAACCUUUCCAAUACUGUCUUAAUAGGAUCACACAAAAAAGUUAAAAACUAAAUUUGUGCUGGAAAUGAUGUAUGUUGAAGGCAUUAAUUACAUGGAAAAUUACACGUCUGGUGUGUGAGUACAAACAGAAGUAAUUCACAUAUACUUGUACAAGCACAGAAACUACUAAACAUAGUUAAACCGAAGGACAAAGGCAGCGAGCAGCACUUCCAUCACUAUAAAGAGCAUGUAGUUACAUGUAUCUGUAACGUUUCAGGAAAGUAUUACAAAACAAAAGUGUGAUUAAUGACACGUUGCAUUUUGUUUUGAUAAAACAAACAUAAUACGUACAUUCCUAGAGAGGGACGCCAUUUCUACAUAGAAAACUUAAGAUGGUUGCAAUGGAGGAACAAUUGGACCCAAUAUUUGAACUAAUCAUCCAGAGGCAGGUGGAAAAGGGCUACGGGAACUACACGGCCGAUGAAUUUUUGAGCAGACCCCUCGAACAUUCUCCAGUACAGUCCAUACUGUUCUUGCUGGCUCUAUCUAUAUCCUCUGUCACUGGUUUAAUUGGAAAUAUUCUGGUGAUAGGUGCAGUGAUCGUGAGUAGACGACUAAGGACGACAGGAAACAUGUUCAUCGUGAACCUAGCAGUGGCAGAUAUUAUCAUUGUCACUAUCGUGGAACCUUUCAACAUACUGGGUGUCAUUGAUGGACCCGAGUUUUUCGUGCGGAACGUCUGGUGGUGUCAUACCUUGUCUGUGGUGUGCGUAAUGUCGUGUUCAUCGUCUAUGAUGAACCUCGCCGCCAUUUCUGUGAACAGAUAUAUCAUGAUCAACAAGAACCAUUACUACAACCAGAUUUUCACCAAAAACAAGACUUUCCUUCUUUGUGUGCUCGUCUGGUUCCUUGCAUUCCUCAUUGAACUGCCGAACUUGACUGGAUGGGGAGGACAUACAUUCGACCUUAAAACACUCGGAUGUUCCUUCGACAGACUGAUUUCCCUAUCAUACACAAUUUUCCUAAGUGUGAUGGCACUUUGGUUGCCUCUUUUGGUUAUCAUGUUCUGUUAUCUAAACAUUUACUUUUACGUAAAGAAAUCUAGAAAACAGAUGGAAAAACAGAUGAAAAAACAAACGAAAAAGGAAAAGAAGAAAACCAAACGGCAAAGAGAUAACGUCAAUUUAGCCCGGACAUUUUUUAUUGUAUUUCUCACUUUCCUCAUCUGCUGGACGCCUUAUGACCUCACAUUGUUUUUCGACCGCGGUGAUCGUUGGCCAUCGUGGCUCUAUACAGUAUUUCUCCAGAUUGGUCAUUUCAACAGUUCUUUAAACAGCAUCCUUUACGGCGCAACGAACAGGAAUUUUCGUGAUGGCUAUAAACAGUUCUUGCAAAAGGUCUGCUGCAGUUGUAAGUUCAGAGUAAUGGUCAAGAUAAGUGGCGAUAAAAAGAACUCUUCCACUGACUCCAGCUCAGGGUAUUCCACUUCCAGUGAUAACACGCAUCAUAAAAUCUUCCCCGCGUCACACUAUGUGUGAGAGUCGUUUUUCUUGUGAGAACCAGUCACAGAUCUAGAUGUUACCUGUGUAAAGGUUGGAUCACUCAUAGCUGUUUGUUUGGUCAUGUAGUAUAGCAUCAUUUAAAUCAUGUCAGUUUGAGCUGUAUUCUUUAUUGCAGUAACGUUAUCCAUUGUCAUCAGCCAAUGCACGUGUUCGACCUUUUGGGAAGCAAAUGAUGUAAGAAAGAAAAGAAAUUUGGAAUAUCUUUUGGUGCAUUUAUAUGAAAAAGAAAUGGUACAUGGAACACGAGUAAUCCAAGCAAUAUAAUUCGCCAGGCUGUUACUUCUCUUAUAACUGUGUUUACAAGCGUCUUGAAAUUGCACUCAAUAAAGUAUGCGAUUAUAACAAAGGCA